AUGGAGCCUCAUGUGUUCUGCGGGCCUGAGUUCGUCCUUGAGGUUCCACCAAGCGCGAUAGAGCGCGUUUUAAUAAUUCAGGAUUCCUCUCACGAAGGAGUUUCCGUGCAAUCCCCCUUGGGUUCCAAUCCGAAUUCGAUCUCAAACGCCACGAAUUCGUCAGAGGUGAACACGGGGACUUCGCAGAUCCUGCCGGCGUGUUUAUUAAACUUUCAAACUGAACUUAUCUUACUUUGCUCUCCACUGACCCGCCGUCGACUUCACUGGAGCGAGACGUCUGCGCGGGGAGGAGGGCUGCAGGCCCGAGCUUACCCCGGCGAUGGAUAUUUUCACGGGAUUGGGCCCAUGCCGGAGCCGAUUUCGCAAUUAAAAUAUCUUACGGCAGUGAGUUCGGACGGCCUACGUGCCGAGGAGGCGGCUUCGUUAACGCAAUCCAUCACGAUCGUUCGCUCUCAUCCGAAAUUUCCCAUCGGAGUUGGGGAAACGCGCACGUCGAGUGUGUAUUUUUUGCUCCAUCUCACAGAUUCCCGCAUCGCCGCAGAGAUUUAUUUAAUGAGCCUUCGCAAUGGGUGUAUUUCGCUCUCUCAGCAGUGCCGGGUAUUUAAUUAUUUCCGAACCACGGCGAUCCGCUCGGCCCCGAUCGACGCGCUGGAAGUUUUACACAAACGUGAGGUCCUCCGUCGGCGAUGGAACCUCGACGAGGAUCUUUUUUCUACCAUGCAGACCGGCAUGCGGGGCGAUCCCGCCAUCGAGGAGGCCAAAAAACACGCGAUGGAGAAUCCCAACGACCUCCACACGACCGGGGCGGUGCCUUCGUCGUCUUUUGCGUCUUCGCCGGGUUUUUUUCAUGCAAGCGCGGCGCAGCGUCUGGCGCGUAUCACCGCCCUUCUUUCUUAUUGUGAAGCCCACGUGCACGAGGUGGGCGUCCUCGACGUGUCGGAGCAGGCGAGCCCCUUUCUCCUCGCGAUCGGGCUUUUUUUCGACUUCGAACUCGGGAUUGGAGAUCUUUGCACGCAUUUUAUUCGCCACCCCCGCCGCGUUGUCCGGGCGGUGGGGCUUUUUCUCGCGCGGUAUCUCCUCCCCCCGGAGGAGUUACUCGUGAUUUUCGCCCCGUCGUUGAAGGAUGAGGUCGGGAUCGCGUGCGGGGGGGCGGACGCGUCGCCCUGCGCGAUGCGCGACCUCGCGCGGCGGCUUUUGCGCGAAAGCGAGGUCGGGGAGGCCUGGCUGCCGGUGUAUCACGCCUUUUGGAUGCGCACGGUGAUUGAGCCCAUCCUCCGUGAGGGGUCCUCAGUUGGGGAUGUGUCACAAGGGGGACCUUUACAGGGGGGUCCUUUAGCUGGGGAUACUUCACUGCCUGUGUCAUCUUCACACGCUGUGUCAUCUGCACACGCUGUGUCAUCUGCACACGCUGUGUCAUCUUCACAGCCUGUGUCAUCUUCAGUUGGGGUUUCUUUACACGGGGAUUCCAAAGGGCCGAAAGGCAGCGGGCGAGGGGUCGCCGCGCGGGGGUUUCGCAGCCUCGCGGAUAUCUGCCGCUUCGCGCAGAAGCGGCGGGCCAGGGUGCUCGUCCCCCAGCGCAUGGCCACCCUCGUCGCCCGUACCCAACGACGGGACCAAGUGGACCACAAUGAGGGGAGUCGUUAUUUACAUAAUCUAACGACCGCCGAGGAUGCCUUACUAAGCGGAAGUGAUCUUCAGGAUAGCGAUUCCGCCAAUGAAGAGGACGACGAGGAUGGGUUUUUGAUUCCUGUGCAAGUGGAGGACGAAGAGGGCGUUGCUGUGGCUUCCCAUUCUCACAGGGAGCCGCAUCUUAUUCCUUUUAGAAACAAAGAAAAAGCUGCAAAGGCGGCGAAGGAUGCGGGGUCUUCGUCGAUGAAAACGACGACACUGCCAGCUUCUCUUUCUGAGCAGGCAAAGCGCAUCCAGGAUGAAGUGAUUAAUCCGCAUUCUAUGAUCCUAAAGGAGGGGUAUCGUAUUGUGAUGUCUUUAUUAGGUCGAACUCGCCCUUUUCACGAGGAUGAACGAUAUUUGGAGUUUUGA